AUGGUUUGUUUACGGCGCCUUACGAUUGCUGCCGUGCUGUCAUUGCCAGUAGCAGACACAGCAGCAGCAACAACAACAACAACUACUACUACUACAACGACUGGUAUUUCGGAAUUGGCAGACCGCCUAUUCAACGGCCAGGGAAGCGCGUUUGAGUUUGUUCUCACCACCCGCCAUGGGAACUGGUCGCGAUGGAACCCGCCCGUCAAUGAUAGCUACACGGUGCAGAAUGCCAAUGGAAAGAUCCGCGUCGAGGGAACGACCCUGAAUGCACUGGCCAGAGGCCUGCGGCACUACGCCAAUCAAGUUUUACAAGUUGAUGAGUUUUGGUUCGUUGAUACUUAUAAGAAAAUUCCACAGGAUCUGCCUGUCCCGGAGCAGCCUCUGUCUGGGGCCAGUGUGGUGCCAUGGAGGUAUAAUCUCAACACAGUCACCUUCUCGUACAAUUUUGCUUGGUAUCAGUGGGAGGACUGGGAAAAACUACUCGACUGGGCUGCCCUGCGCGGCGUCAACCUCCAGCUCGCCUGGGUAGGCUACGAGAAGAUCUUCCUCGACAGCUUCCGGGAGCUAGGUCUCUCCAACGAGGACAUUCUACCAUUCUUCAGCGGACCUGCGUUCCAGGCGUGGAAUCGGUUCGGCAAUAUUCAGCGCUCCUGGGGCGGCAAGGGUGACGUACCGCUUUCCUUCAUCGAGCAGCAGUUUGAUCUGCAAAAGAAGAUAGUCGCGCGCAUGGUCGAGCUCGGCAUCACACCAGUGCUGCCUGCAUUCCCUGGCUUCGUGCCAGAUAGCAUCAAAAACGUUCGGCCCAACGCCAACCUCACCGUUUCGCCGAACUGGUUCGCGCCCGCGCCGGACAGGUACACAAGGGACCUGUUCCUCGACCCCCUGGACGACACGUAUGCGGAACUGCAGAAGCUCUUCGUCUCGAAGCAAAUCGAGGCCUUUGGCAACGUCACCAAUAUUUACACCCUCGAUCAGUUCAACGAGCUGUCCCCCAUGUCGGGAGAGUCGGCCUACCUUUCGGGCAUCUCGCGCAACACCUACGCCGGGCUCACGGCUGCCAACCCUGCCGCCGUCUGGCUCCUCCAGGGAUGGCUUUUCUACUCGAGCCGUAGCUUUUGGACCCAGCCGCGCAUCGAUGCCUACCUGGGCGGCGUCGAGGACGAUCAGGGCAUGCUGGUUCUCGACCUGUACUCGGAGGUGAAUCCGCAGUGGCAGCGGACAAACAGCUAUUCUGGAAAGCCGUGGAUUUGGUGCCAGCUACAUGACUUUGGGGGGAACAUGGCUCUCGAGGGGCGUGUCCAAACGCUGACUUCGGCGCCCAUUGACGCGCUUGCGCAGUCAGAGUCUCUCGCUGGGUUUGGCCUGACGCCCGAAGCAUACGAAGGCAACGAAAUCGUGUACGAUAUACUCCUCGACCAAGCCUGGUCGCCGACGCCGCUCGAUACGCAAACGUACUUUGAAUCGUGGGUCACGAAACGCUACGCCGGCGUCUCCAGCAUCCCGUCAGAGCUGUAUCAGGCGUGGGAGAUCCUCCGCACUCACGUCUACAGCAACACGCGCGCCGAUAUCCCCCAGGUCGCCGUCGCGACAUACCAGCUUCGCCCGGCGUUGUCUGGCAUCGUCAACCGGACCGGCCACUUCCCCCACCCCACAGCCGUGCACUACGACCCGGUCAUCCUCCAAACGGCGUGGGAGCUGCUCCUGGAAGCCGUGACGCGGCAGGGGUCGCUGUGGCUGGUGCCGGCGUUCCAGCUGGACUUUAUCGACGUAACAAGGCAGAUGCUGAGCAACCAGUUCGACUUUCUCUACGUCGAUCUCGUCAAAGCCUACGAAUGCAGCACCUCUGUUGGAAGCAAGAGACGGCACUCCAACGCGUCAGAAUGCGACCUCGAGGCCGCCGGCUGCAAGCUCCUCUCCCUCCUGUCAACGCUCGACGACACGCUCCUCUCCAGCAGGCACUUUACCCUGCGGAGCUGGGUGGACGCCGCUCGCUCCUGGGGCAGGGACACUGGGAACCAGAAUCUUUUUGCAUUCAACGCCCGCAGUCAGGUCACGGUGUGGCAGGUGAACGCAACGAAUCUCAACGACUACGCGGCCAAGGCGUGGGGGGGUCUCGUGGGAUCAUAUUACAAGGGUCGGUGGUCCAUCUUUGUAGAUGCGCUCGUGGCGGCGAGCAAGUCGAGGCCCUUGGAUCAGGAUGCUUUGACGCGCAAGUUGCAGGACUUUGAGGCGGACUGGCAGGCUGGUGGUGAUGAUGAUGCUGGUGAGGGGGCUCGGCCGCAGGACCUGAGAGGUGUGCUGCUGGGCUUGCAGGGUUGGCCGGAGCUGGUUGACCGGUUUCUCAAGGUGCAGUAG